AUAUAUAUCUUCGCCGUCUUCCUCCACAUUUUUCUUUACACAGGUUUCAACGAACAAAAGUAGAGAAAAUCACCCAAAAAAAAAUUCCCCAAAAUUCUCCUCCAAAUUUUUCAUGGUCUCUCGAAAUCCGAAUCCCCAAGACGGAUAUUUCUUGGAUCCGAACGGUGGUAUGACCGUUCCUGCAAUUGGACCUUUCACUGCCGCCGUCUCCUCCUCUCCAACGACUUCUUCCACCGCCGUGGCUGUGACGGAUGCGACGGCGACGGUUUCUUCUUCGGAGGAUCUUAGCAAAAAGAUUAGAAAGCCUUAUACCAUUACCAAGUCGAGGGAGAGCUGGACGGAGCCUGAGCACGAUAAAUUCCUCGAAGCUCUACAGUUGUUUGACAGAGACUGGAAGAAGAUUGAAGCUUUUAUUGGGUCGAAGACAGUGAUUCAGAUACGAAGUCAUGCUCAGAAGUAUUUUCUUAAGGUACAAAAGAGUGGGACUGGGGAACAUCUCCCUCCCCCUCGACCUAAAAGGAAAGCUGCUCAUCCAUAUCCUCAAAAGGCACACAAGAACGUGCAACCUCAAGUACCAGGGUCCUUCAGAUCAACAUGUGAACCAAAUGACCCAAGUUAUAUGUUUAGGCCCGAGUCUUCUUCGAUGCUGAUGACGUCUCCAACCACUGCUGCUGCGGCUCCGUGGACAAAUAAUCUUCAAACAAUUAGCUUCACAACCCAACCCAAAGCAGGGGCAGGAGCGAAUAAUAACAACUGUUCUAGUAGUUCGGAAAAUACAAAUACCCCAAGACCACGCUCCAACAGGGACACUAGUGACCGGGGAAUUCCUGGCCAUUCAUUAAGAGUUUUACCGGACUUUGCGCAAGUAUACAGCUUCAUUGGAAGUGUUUUUGACCCAUAUGCCAGUAACCAUCUACAAAAGCUGAAGAAGAUGGACCCCAUAGAUGUGGAAACAGUGCUACUGUUGAUGAGAAACCUAUCCAUCAACUUGUCCAGCCCUGAUUUUGAAGAUCAUAGACGGCUUCUUUCUUCAUAUGAUAUUGGCUCUGAGACAGCAACUGAUCAUGGUGGAGUGAGUAAAACCUUAAAUAAUGAACCACCUGAAAUCUCUACUUGAAGUUAGAAGAGGGGGAGAAAUUAUGAAGGUGGCAAAACCAGAUUGGCUGCAGAAUACAGAGGUUCUAUUGGUGGGUUUUGUUUGUACAUAUGAAGAAGAAGAAGAAGAAGAGGAAGCUGCUGACAUUGAGCGGUUUAGUUUUUUGUGUUUGCUAUAAAAUAUACGUCUUUUAGAUGAUGGAUGGUGCAUGUACAGUGUAUUGUCUUAAGUUAAAUACCAUUCCAUCUUCUGUCAAAUCUUCUUUGAGCUUCUCUUUAAGCAUGUGUACCAAUGAGUCAAAACCUCUUAGAUUUGUAUUUUUCCAUUCCGCAAAUUGUUUUGAUAGGUAAAAAUACUUUCGAAA